CCGCGUCAAAGUCGGGGUACCUAGUGUCAGUAGUAGCAGCAGCAGCAGCAGCAGCAGCAGCGGCUCUUUAUAACACCUAUAGAGCUGGCUCUCCGACAGACACCUUCCGACACUCGUUCGCGCAACGUUCCAGCUGCCUAUUCUCCUCUUUCGAUCUCUGCGUACCGUGCGCGGCACUCUGUCUGGUGGCCGGUCUGCCAUAUACACACCUACUGUACGAGUGUGUACAAUACUCGACACAUUCACCUUUUUACCCGAAAGACUCGCCAGUACUAUUCUAUUUCGGCCCGCGACUUCAAAUUUGAAAGUAAUUUUUCAAGGAUUUCAAUCGCUCCGUAUAAAGGCCAAAUAAAGCGCGCCAGUGAGUAGUAGUGCCAUACAUGCGGAUUGUAGCUGUUGUAAGCGCUCCGCAACAGCUUGUUGCUGCACACACACACACACCUCGUUGCACCGACCGUUUAUCUGCUCUCGACCGCACCGAGAAAGGCCAACUGAGGAGGCCAAUCGUAUCUUUACUCGAGCUCUGGGACAUUGGUCCAUUGGUUCAUCAUAAUGAGUAAAAAUCAAGAAGCUAAUGAAUACAUUGGAGAACAGAUGAAGGAUUUUAGUAGCACGACAAAAAUAGCUCCAGCCAUCGGUAACUACCACGAGAAAGAUGAAUUAUAUGAUCCAUUUGAUCACAGAGAUAAAACAAACGCUACAUCCGAUGCUGGUUCGGCCACUCAUCUCAUCAAAUCGUCGCUUGGCACAGGUAUUUUAGCCAUGCCCAAUGCCAUAAAAAACGGAGGUUUACUCGUCGGCGGAAUUGGUACCAUACUCAUCGGCAUACUUUGCUCACAUUGCGUACACAUACUUGUCAAGUCUUCGCACGUACUAUGUCGCAGAACCAAGACUCCUGCCAUGACGUACGCUGAUACGGCAGCCGCAGCUUUCGAAAGUGGCCCUCUGCGAUUGAGAAAAUACUCAAACUUAGCUAGAAAUUUUGUCAAUUGGGCCUUGUGCGCUACCUACGUCAGUGGGGCCUGCGUUUACAUUGUUUUCAUAGCAACUGGUAUUAAACAGUUGGGAGACCAAUACACAGGCAUGAACAUUUCCAUCCGAACUUACAUGCUGUGCCUGAUACCAGCUGUUGUUUUACUUGGUCAAGUGAGAAAUCUACGAGUCCUUGUACCUUUCUCAGUUCUUGCAAAUUUAAGCCUUACUGUUGGUUUUGCUAUAACUCUUUACUACAUAUUUAACCAAAUUCAACCGAUGGAGAAAAUUCACUAUGUUACCACCUGGCAUCAGUUGCCAAAAUUUUUUGCAACGGUCAUUUUUGCUAUCGAAGGCAUUGGAACCGUAAUGCCAAUAGAAAAUAGUAUGGCUAAUCCAAGACAUUUUAUCGGAUGUCCUGGUGUAUUGAACAUCUCCAUGUCCGUUGUGAUCACACUUUAUGCUGCCAUGGGCGUUUUUGGUUAUUUAAGUUUUGGAGAAUGUGCUAAGGCCAGUAUCACCUUGAAUCUUCCGGAAGGCGAAAUUCUUGGUCAGCUGGUGCAAUUUCUAAUUUCUAUUGCUAUUCUACUGACUUACGGUCUACAGUUCUUCGUGCCUUUAGAAAUUAUUUGGAACUCGAUAAAGCACAAGUUUAGUCACAGAUGGGAGGUACUGGGUGAAACUGUUAUGAGAAUUUUCAUGGUCCUACUCACGGUGAGCGUGGCCAUGCUGGUGCCUGAUCUGGACCCCUUCAUUUCGCUUGUCGGUGCCGUUUUUUUUUCUGUGUUGGGAAUUUGUAUUCCAGCUAUCAUCGAAACCAUUUCUUGCUGGGAAGCUCAUCUCGGUGUAGGAUACUGGAGGCUCUGGAAAAAUGCUUUCCUCGUUCUUGUCUCAAUUUUUGCGCUCAUCGCUGGUAGUUGGAUCUCCAUAGAGCAAAUCAUUGAACUCUAUACUAAAUCUUCGCCAGCUUCAAGUAUUGCAACGUGUACACUGAAUAGAAGUGAGAUGAUAGUUUCAUCAACUAGUAAUGAAACGCUCAUCUCGACGACGCUGGACAUCGUCAACGGAACGAAAAUACUAUAAAUGAAAAAUUUUUAUUUGCUAUUAAGCAUAACUUGAGUAUUACUAGAAUAGUAGUUUAUAUAUGUAGUUAUAAUGAAAAAAGAAAUUGUAAAAUUAUGGACAAAAGUUUUAUGUAUCGACAAACUCUUUGCAUUAUUGUUUGAGUUAUAGUAAUGUAAUGCUUAAGCGCUCUGCACUUGGCUGCACUUGCUAAGUAAUUGUCGACGAAAUUUACAUUGUAUGUUUUAUAAUCAUUAUUGGACCAAUAAUUUUUACUCAGUUUAAGAAGAAGAUAAUUAAAAGUAGAUUUAUAAUAGAUCUCGGCAAACUUAUACAUAACUUGUUAUACAUUAGAAUGAAUUCAUAAAUGGCAUGUAUCAUAAUCGUUUCAUUAUCAUAUAUUAUGUACUUUUAGCCAACAUAUGAUAUGUUUGUUAGAAUUUCGAAAACAAUAUUUUCGUAGCAUUUAAUUUGUAUUGAGCAUUAGACAAUUGUUUUAAUAAUUGUUUAAAUCGAGAGUAUUAAAUUUUUAUUACGAUGUUUGAGAGUUUUUUUUAAUUCAAAUUUCUACACAUUGAUUUACUAAUUUGUAAUUUGAAUUGCUUUGUUUUUUCGAUAAAUAAAAGCAUUCAUAUAAUUUAAUUUAUAUGAAAUUUAUUUUUGAUGUAAAGCAUUAAUUUUUAGAUAAAAAUUAAGUAACCAUAAAACGUUAAGAAUAGAAUAUUACUGAUUUAGAGCGCAAAAAACUGGAAAUUGUUUCAUAUACCAGUGACCUGAAAAUUUUCGUCGAUACUUGAGAAUAGAACAUGAAAUUGAAAAUAUUUUUUUACCUCGAAAGUCAUAAAAUUAGGGGUCAAUUACAUAAUCUAGAUUAGAGUGUAAAAAGAAUGUAUUGAACAGUUUGAAUAAUGAUUUACACUUUAAACUCAUGUAUUGAACAUUAUUACAUUCGUUACUUUGUCGCUGUAUGAUAACUGUACUUAUUUUCGACGGAUCUAAAAAUUAAUUUGUUUUGCAGGAUUGGAUAUUUUUUUUCCGAAUAUUUCAUUCAUUGUAUAAAUGUUCAAGUUGCUUAGUAAAUUUUUCAAUUUGAUCAACUCAUCCUAAAAAUAUUUAGUAGGGUGACUGUACCGAUACCCGAACACUCUUGUUCAAUUUAAAUAAACAUUUAAACAAAUUUUAAAAUAAAUUAAAUGGUACGAUCGA